AUGAAUUACGCCGCCCGCCGUCUACUGGUCGACACCAACGAGCGCUUUGUGCACACCACCCAGCACAGCACCUACCCACGUCUUUGCCAGAGACGUGACGGCUCCAUACUCACGGGUUUCACCGUAUUCCAACACCAGGAUGGCGAUGCCGGCACUACGCGUGUGCUCACGGUCGACCGCAGCACCGACGGCGCCCGCACGUUCGAGCCUCUCGGCGAAAUCACACGGUCCAAAGGCGACUGCGACAACCUUUUUUUGCUCGAAUUACCGGAGCUGCCGGAGGGCGAGGUGGAACCUGGGCAGCAGUCGACGGUGCUAGCGGCAUUUCGUAAUCACGAUUUGGACGACGAGGGCAAACACCGGUUCUUUCGAAUUACGGUGUGUCAGUCGAGGGAUGGAGGCCAGCACUGGGAAUUUUUGUCGCAAGCAGUCGAAAAACCCGCGCCAUUCGGGUUGUGGGAGCCGUUCAUGCGGAUGUCGCAGAAUGGGCUUGAGGUGCAGUUGUUUUUUUCGAAUGAGAUCGCGGCCGAUGAUCAGGACACUAUGGUGGUGCGCAGCGUUGACCGUGGUCGGACGUGGACGAAGCCAGAGUGCGUGACGGGCGAUGGGGAGCGGCUUCGUGAUGGAAUGGUCGGCGUGGCGCCCGUGCGGGCGUGUGGCGAGCACGAUGCGCUGGUGCUGGUGAUGGAGACGACGCGACAGGGGACGUUCUCGAUUGAAGCCGUCGUGUCGUUUGAUGACGGCAACACGUUUGGUUACCGGCAGGUGGUGUCUGCACCCUCCAUUCCUGGGCGCAACGCCGGUGCGCCGCAGGUUACUUCUUUCCGGGACGGGUCCGUGGCGGUGGUGUUCAUGUCGGACGAGGAGCACGAGGAUGAGCCGAGGUGGCCACAGGGUGCCAAAAUCAAGGCCAUACAUGGCCGGCUGGGCGUGGACGGCAGGUUCUCCUGGGGCCCGGUGGAGGUGGUCGAACACCGGCCGAGUUCGUGGCCGGGUAUCGGAACUAUGGCGGACGAUGCCGCGUUAGCGGUAUAUGAGCAUGCGGCCGUUGUCCGGGGCCGGGUUUUCAAAGUUGCGGCCGAAGGCGCUCUAAGUGAAGGGGCUCAAAGAGUCGGAAUUCACGAUUAG